GCGGGUGAGUCACCGGCUCCCCCCCCCCGGCGCCCCCCCGGCCCGCCCCCGCCGUGCCUAUCCCGGGCGGCGCCGCGCCCCGCCACUGCCCGCUCCGCGCCGCGCCGCGCCACACCCCCCCGGCCCAGCCAUGCCAUCCCAGAUGGAGCACGCCAUGGAGACCCUCAUGUUCACCUUCCACAAGUACGCGGGGGACAAGAACCACCUCGGCAAGGAGGACCUGCGGGUGCUCAUGGAGAAGGAGUUCCCCGGCUUCCUGGAGAACCAGCGGGACCCCAUGGCCCUGGACAAGAUCAUGAAGGACCUGGACCAGUGCCGGGACGGCAAGGUGGGCUUCCAGGGCUUCUUCUCCCUGGUGGCCGGGCUCACCAUCGCCUGCAACGACUACUUCGUGCUGCACAUGAAGCAGAAGGGCAGGAAGUGAGAGCGGCACCCAUGGGUGCUGCCCCCGACCCCCACCUGUGGGUGCUGCCCACCCAGCCUGGGGUCCUGCCCUGACACCCCCGGGUGCUGCCCCCCCACCCAUGGGUGCUGCUCCCCUUCAACCCGUGGGAGCUGACCCCCCCCCCCAGCCUGGGGUGCUGCCCCACCACCCAUGGGUGCUGCCCCGCUGCUGCCCACUGCCCCCCCACCCCAAUAAAGGUGUUUUGUACUACGCUGGAGCUGCCUCAUCUCUUGGGGUCCCUGUCCGCCCCACCCGUGGGUGCUACCCCCCCAGCCUGGGGUGCUGCCCCAACACCCCUGGGUGCUGCACACCCACCCCCCACCCCAAUAAAGGUGUUUUGUACUACA